CUGCAGCGGAUGUUGUUGUCAGCUGACAGUACUUCCUCCUCCUCGCGGAUUUCUCUUGCAUGAUUUCACCUACAAUUACCUUCUUAUUCAUUACUUAAAAGAUAAGAAUACUUCAUGUGGAGGCAGGACAGAAAUAAAUGAAAUGUCUGCAAAACCAACUUGUUUAAUUGUGGCGAGUGCGUCUCCUCAAGGGGUGUCAGCAGCGUCUUUCCAUCAGUCCUUCAGCCUUUGUACCUCCGUGUUCAAUCUCCAGACAGCCACACCUGGGGGGAAGCCAAUAGACUUUGUUGGAGUCGAUGAAAGCACUGCUAGAUGGGUGCAGGACUUCAACGUUAAACCCUACGCAACACCAGCCAAACUUGAAUCUAUUGAUGGUGCUCGGUACCAAGCGCUGCUCAUCCCGGACUGCCCCGGAGCGCUGAAUGACCUGGCACACAGCGGCUCUCUGCACCGCAUCCUCACACACUUCAUCUCUCAACAAAAACCCGUUUGUGCAGUUGGACAAGGAGUGUCGGCGCUGUGCUGUGCCACUGAGGGACAGAGGUGGAUCUUCGGUGGCUACAGCUUAACAGGGCCGUCAGUGUUUGAACUGGUGCGGAGGCCUGACUUUGCCAACCUGCCCUUGGUCGUGGAAGACUUUGUGAAAGACAGUGGUGGAUCAUACACGGCAAGCCAAGAAGAUGCCGUGCACGUAGUCAUAGACAGACACCUAAUAACUGGUCAGAAUAUGCAGUCAACCUCACUUGCUGUAAAUAAUCUAAUUCUGCUCUCUAGUGCCAAGUAAACGCAGGAGCACUCAAAUUCAACAACUCAGUUGUUCCACAUUUAUAUUCAUGUAAUUAAACAAACAUUCAUCUCAGACAAAUAUUGGAAGAUGCUGGUGCAGAACAGAUGUUUGGCAACACUGUAAAUACAACUUCAUUACUUUCAAAUGCUGUUAUUAUAAACCUAAUAAAAGCCACACAAUCAAAUGUCUUGAUUCGAAAUUAAAAAAUGAGAAAAAGCAGAUGCAGUUUUGAGGAUGAUUAAAGGCAAAGAAGGACGAAGGAAGAAGAUUUGGACUGAAAAGAGGCUGCAGGUGUCUGUCAUGUGAAGAAGAGAAGAAUAUAACCCUUUUAUUUGAACGUUAUACUCAUCGAUGAUCAUGCACUCUCUGUUGUUGGCUGGAGAUGUGUCACUGCACUCUGUCUGAUUUGUACAAGUUGAAAUUUUUCCACAAUACCGUCAAUGAAAAGGAAUAAAAACACUGUAGUACCUUG